AUGAUGGUGACCGUGCCGAUGUUGUUGGCGGCGUUGGCUGCCGCCAUCAGCCGCUAUACUGAACAUCCUACGUUGUGUUUCGCGCGUCCUCAGCGGAUCUGGGCCCUUUGGACUUGGGGUCGAUCUCCGUGCACGCUGACACUCCUCUACCUCGGAAUCGAGAGCUCAUUCCGUCUCGCUCUUGCUGCCCACCUGUCGAAGGUGGACCCGAACGACGAUCCUGACGGAGCCGGGGGCACCUCAGACGCAGCCUCGGACCAGGAGUCUCAGUCCCAUUCGCGGCAGGAUUCCCGCACCACUGGCAGCGACGAGGCGGCUUCUCCUGUUCAGGAGCGCACUCCGGCGGGCGAGUCGCAGUCCAGUCUCGAAGCCCAUUCCCCCCAUCAGGAGUCAGCUGAAGCCGCUGGCAGUCAUGAACGGAAACGCGGUAAAUCGUCAACAACAACACAGGCUGCGCCGUGGAAAUUCGCCCGGUCAGUUCAUGUACCUGGCGUUGGAGAGACAACAUACGGCGCUUUGGUGACACAGCGAUUGAGAAUGACCGCUGCGGAACUUCGAAGAGAAUGGUCGAGGGAGGCCGUAAACGUUGCUGCGUCCAUCGGAUGCCAGUCACUGAAGCGAGGGAAACUUCCUAGUGCUUCAGAACUGGUCGAUAUGGAAAUGCCAAUUCGCAAACGGUUCAGGACGCGUAGUGGGGCGCGCCUAGAAGAAGCUGCGGAGUUGGAAAGGAGAGCCGAAGAGAUAGCACAUUUCUUUACAGGGGAGCUAAGCAGGCGUUCUAGACAACAGCGAAGAAUGGCAGAGCUUGAGGAGCAGAUACAGCUAGGAGAGAGUUGGCUGCAGAGAAGAGACGGUGGCAUGAAGGACCCUGGGGAAGGCACCUCUGCCCAGGCAGCGCCUCCCGGGCCUUCCACAAGUGCCGACUUUUGCGCAAGCUCACCAGGCCGGCGACCGAGGCACUGCGCGAGUGGGGGCAAAAGGAGAACGCAGACGAGGGCGGCGACCGACCCGCGACGUCGCCCUUCGGAGCCACAGGCCGGCACCUCGUUAGGCACUUCACUGCUGGCUAGCUCCAUCGAGGUGCGCGGCCACGAGGGUGUCACGUACGCGGAGUUGGCCAUUCGACAACUGAGGCGCUCGGCAGCCGCCUUGACACGGUUCUGGGGCGACCGGAACGCUUAUGCCGUCAACCACUUUGCUGACCGAUUGCGUCGGGAGAAGCUCAACCCAACCCUCAAACAGCUUCGACGGUGGAAUAAGUCUGCGCUGGCUGCGCAUCGAACCCGCUCAGGUCCGAGGUUGGUUGAGGCACGAGCUUUGCUAGACAAUGCCCAAUUACUGGAGACGCAGAUGAGGGAGGCUGGAGUAUCUUUACCAUCCGAAGUGGAUCGCCCCGUGGGCGGCGCUUCUCAGGAACCAACUUCCAGACAACAUUCGGGGCCGUCAAGCACGUCUGCGGGUCCUGUGCGAACGUUUGCGGAGGUUGCCGCUGCCAAGCUGCGGAGAGAAGCUGCAGAUCUUCGGCUCACCUGGGGGGCUGGAAAAUCUAUGUACACGGCACAGUUUCUUGCUGACCAUAUGGCGCGGUACAACAACCCGAAUCCCGGUGCCAGUCUACUCAAGCAAUGGACGUACCAGGCGGUGAACCGAUACAAUCGGAUGGCAGAUGGGAAGCUCUCACUCGCCGCGGCGCUAGAUGCAGAGGCGGAAGACAUAGAAAAAGAAGUGGCGGCCGUCAUACCGCGCGCACGGGACCCUGAGUCGGAUUCGUCGGACCAGGAAGGCGCUCAAGAUCCCCGUGAAACACCAACUAGCACAGGGCCAUCGUCGUCCCCUACCGCCCACUCCGGCGCGGGUCCGAGUGUCACAGCGGCGCCGUCAUCGGUGCCGUCUCUUUGGUUCGCGCCCGCUACUUCCGUGGGCGACUACGUCCGACGCACCGGUUCCGCCCUCUGGACGCCACCGGGCCCCUCUUCUCUGACUCGUCGCGCGGCACCAGCAGGCCAGCAGACGGGCGCAGGACAGGUGGCGACGAGCGCACGCACUGGGGGCACACGACAGGAGCAGACAUCGAGUUCGGGUGACAGCUUGGGUCGAGGCGAACUACCGCGGCCGGCCCCCACGAGCCGAGAACUCCCCCCAACACGCCGCUCAGCUGCACCUGGUUCUCCCCCUGCCAAAAGGGCCCGACUGCUGUCCAGGGGCUCACCAGGCGCUGGCAGCGCCGGGCCCCAUUCGCCUAUCCCCCCGUCUCCUGCGCAGGCGCCACCAAGGUCACCAACAGCAUAUACCCAGACUCAACCUCCAGCUGCGCCUCUGCUCGUCAGCACCGCCCCCCCAUCUGGCGCAGCCGUCGGUCCGUUAGCCACGCGCCUUCCGCCUCAUAUGUUACCGCUGAAGAAGCGGCCCCGCCAUAGUGAUACGGGUGGCGACCGCACAUAG